AUGGUUGAAACUUUCAGUAAAUUAAAUUUUAAUCAUAUCGAAACAAUUAUUUUAAAAGAAGAAAGAAAAAAGGAUUCCUCCUCUAAAUUAGCUUCUAUAAAAACAAAUUCCCCUCCUCCCCUCCCUGUUCGUCUCCGUUCACAAAGAAAACGACGAAAACCACGAGUUCUUUUCACACAAGAACAAGUUCUACAUUUAGAAGAAUAUUUUGGACAACAAAAAUAUAUAAGCAAUGCAGAAAGAGAUGAAUUGGCAUGUAAACUUAAACUUACUCCGACACAAAUUAAGUGUAAACGAGUUGAGGCUGAUGAACAUUUACAACAAAUAAUUAAUACACAAUUAUCAACAAAUAAUCAAAAUAAAAUUUUUGAAGAAUUAUUUUUUCAACAAUUUCUUAAAAGAAAUUAA